AUGCUGGUCCAAACUUUAGUGCAUCUGUGGAGGAGAAAGAGUGCUGACUUCAGUUGUUACACUGAGGAGAUGGUUCUGCUGGUGGCAAUAGCAGAAGUGCUGUUGGUCCUGCCUUUGGCUGUGGAGUCAGACUCUCUCUGCUCCACCACUACCUUUUACAAGAACUGCUGGAUCCGACGCUUCCCAGGUCUUCUGAUUGACCUGCAGGAAUCGCAGAAAAGGGGAGCCCAGGUGCUGAAGACUUAUGCCGAAGUCUCACCUCAACAGUGCAGCAGAACCUGCUGCCUUCUGAGGAAUGUUUCCUGCAAUCUAGCAGUGUUCUACCAUGGAGCUAUUCAUGAGAAUAAGAAUUGCCUGCACAUGUCUUGCCCAGCAUUGGAAAGUUGCAUACUAAAGGCUAGAAUCAAUGUCAUUUUGUACAACAUCACAACAGGGAUUGAUCCAGAUCUUCUUAUUUUUGCAAAAAUGGCAUCCAAGGAGCCAAAUACUCACUCCUCACCGAAUAAGUAUGAAAGGCAAAACAGUUCAAAGGCCUCUGAGUGGGAAAGAUGCCAGCAUCAUAAUGCCACAUCAAGUUCUCUUCUGCUCCAAGCUCCACCUUCUACCACUAGCCAUGGCUUAACAGCAAACGCUUACACCUCCAGCACUAAGUCAAUCACCAGCUCGGACAAAAAGACUGUACCCUCAACUUUGAUAUCCAAGUCUGCCGAAGUAUUAUCCCACAUGCACACUCCUCCUCAUCUGAACAGCAGUAAACAACACUUAAAUGAAACCAAAGGCUACAGCGGUAGGAAUUACACUUCAGAUGAGGCACCUGCUUGGGAAGCUGCAGCUUUGGGUGUCUGGUUGAUUCCUGUUGUUCUUUGCUCUUCUCUCGUCUUCCUUUGCUGUUGUACUGUUGCUUUCACAGCAGGGCGUUGCAGAAAUAGGAGAGGUCAGUAUAAGCCCAUAAGGAGAAGAAGAACAAUGUCGAGACAAUUCACAAAAUAUACUGCUGUCAAAGGUAAUUUGUAA